AUGGAAAAGGAGAGCGAGGAAGAGAUACCUACUGGCUCGGGCUUCCUGGGUCGACUGUUACAAAGAGAGAGAGGGAGAAGAGGAGGGACCAACGAGCCAGCAGAUUCAUUCGAGGGUAUCUUCCGAGACUCAGGUGGUGAAGCGAGAUCUGCCGUCGCAGCGUCGACCUUGUCGGCGCCCGCGAUCCUCUCGCUCGACAAGAUCAACGAACGACCAGCGUACGACGCAUCACGCGAGAGUCCUCUUGGCCGUUUGGGCCAUGCCAUUUAUCGAGGACAGGCGGGCGUGGGGAUCUUAAGCGACGAGGAUGACUUCAACAUGAUUGGUGCCGAUGAAUCAGGUCGCUCACUCCUCAUGCUUCGCCACGAUCAUCCUCGCAAAUACAUCGCUGUCGUCGUGGAUGCCGACCAACUCAUCUUUCUCCCUGAUCUGCUUCGCGCAGGAGCCAAGGGAGGCAGGAUGGCAGCUGAAGCUGUGAAAAGAAAUGUGGCCGACGAUGUCGGUGCUCCAGUGGAUGAGAUCGAUGUGCGAAUCGAGCUCUUUGCAAAUAGUGCCGGUCUUAGAGGUUUUCUCAAUGGCACCAAAACGGUAUCCCUGGAAGUCUUCUACGACUUCCUCCUCGGCUUCAUCAACUCAUCGCCCCUCUAUCGCUUCGUCGACACGGGUCGCGCGCUCCAGUCAGCCGACAACAAGGUCCGGGCCGUCUUUGUCGACUAUGUCCUGGAUAACGACUGCGAGCAGGUCUACAUCGGUGGGCUGGGCGACUAUGGCUAUCGCGCCGAACUCGACAGUCUGAGAAGGCUCAAAUUGCUCCACCGCGUGAGCCUCUUGGGCAUCCCAGACUACACCCGCGUCAGCCGCUUCUACAGGGACUACGCUCAACGCAAAGUCUCUUGGGCGGGCGACGUUUUCAUCCUGAAUCAACAGGUUCGUGAAAAGGCCGGCAUAUAG